CAGGCACCAGGCUGGAUAAAGAAUGGCUGCGUAGAUGAGCGUCGGGUGCGUUUGCUGACAGAGGGAAUCCAAAAACCUAAGGCUGACGGAAAGGUGGUAAUAUGCUAUCUCCAACGAGAUAUGCGUGUUCAAGAUAACUGGGCUCUUCUCUUGGCGCAGGAAGCAGCUCGAUCACUGAAUAAACCCCUCGUAGUGAUCCACCUUCUCGUGCCAGGCCUCGCAUUCCAACCUACGCGACGUCAUCUUUCCUUUUUCAUGGGAGGAGCGCGGGAGGUUGAGACAGAGCUGAAAUCGUUGAAUAUCGGAUUUGAAUUGCCCAUAGUUUCCAAGAAAGACCCCAAAGGCAGACUCGAUGAAGCGAAUAAGAAAAUCGAGGAGGUAUUUGACGCACUGCAGCCAGCCUUGGCUGUUUGUGACUUCAACCCCCUCAGGCUGCCGACACAAGUUGUUGAAGCUCUAACGCGAGUAUAUGCGGAAUGUCUGUCGCCACUGUACCAGGUGGACACGCACGGAGUGGUCCCUUGCUGGGUUGCUUCUGACAAGUUAGAGACAGCGGCGCGCACACUGCGACCGAAACUCAUGGAGCUGGUGAAGGAAUUUGCAACACCUUUCCCCAAAGUUCAACGGAUGACAGUUCCGUGGACACACACAAAAUUGUUUCCCUUGGAUGAAGACAGGAUCCUCUCAGAACUGAAGCCAGAUCCUCCAGAGCCUCUUGACUCCUGGAAACCCGGAACAAAGGCUGCCCUCGAGUUGCUUCACUCUUUCGCGACUCCAAAGAAUCUUGCGGAAUACGGCAAAUCACGGAACGAUCCUUUGGCUGGAGUGCAGAGCGACUUAUCACCGUAUAUUCACUUUGGUCACAUUUCUGUCCAACGAUGUCUGUUAGAAGUUUCGAAGCUGAAGAGUACGGCAGCUGAUAAAACGCUAAAAGAAGGCGUCAUGUCUUUCAUUGAUGAAGUUGUUGUGAGAAGCCAGCUGUCCGACAACUUCGUCUUCUUCAAUCCGCACUACGACGACAUCAAAGGUGCACCGCUCUGGGCGCAACAGACAUUGAACAUUCACGCUAAAGACAAGCGUGAGCCUCACUACGGGUUCGCGGCGCUGGAAGCAGGGAAGACAUACGACGAACUGUGGAAUGCUGCGCAACUACAACUAGUACGGGACGGGAAAAUGCAUGGGUACCUGAGAAUGUACUGGGCCAAAAAGAUCCUGGAAUGGACAAAGUCACCGCAAGAAGCGUUGAAGAUUGCCAUCGCUUUGAAUGACAAGUACCACUUGGAUGGCACUGACCCCAACGGCGUGACGGGCUGCAUGUGGAGUAUUUGCGGUGUCCACGAUCAGGGUUUCAAGGAGCGGCCUGUGUUCGGCAAAAUCAGAUACAUGAAUUAUCCGGGCUGCGAGCGCAAAUUCGAUGUCAAAGCGUUUGUUCGCAAGUUCCCCGGCGCAGCAGAAAACGCAGUUAAUGUAGCGAAGCAGGGAAUGCUACCUUUCACCGGUAGAGCCAAAAUAGAACUCAAAGGAGUGGCGGAAGGCGGCGAUUCUGACCGAGUAGCGUCGAUCCUGACGAAGAAGAUAGAGCAGCAAAAGCCGCAAAAUACAAUUUCAGGUCCAGCAACAACAAAGGAGACGGCUCAGACGAAAGGCAGCGCAAAGAAACGCCAGAGGAAACAAAGCGACGACGAUCUGGCCCCUCCAAGAAACGAAGGCGUUGACGUGGAAGAAGCGGAUGUCAACGCCGAGGAAGAUGUCCAUCUCAGCGAAUAAGCCAAACACGUGACCGUCAAAGCCACUUGGGGCUGAGCAUUCGACGCUACACCGGUAGCUUCGUGGCAGUAAGCCGGCGGAUACGAAAUUGCGUGCGAGAUGAGAAACAGGUCGAUCCUGAAAGCGCUUGGGAACCACAUCCAAGCUUCUCCAAGGGAUGCCUUAAUGUGUGUGUAUGUAGGUGGUGGAAGUGGCUCCAGGUGACUACCAACAAAACGAGGAAGAAGUGAUAUGCUUUUUGUUGAGUGGCGCCGUGUCUCCGAGCCCCGCAGGUGCUUUUUUACCGUGAGUGAAUUUUUUUUUCCCAUCCGUGAUAGAGGCAUGUGAGCCUAUCGAGUGCAUGC